AUGAACUCAGACUCGACCGCUCCUGCUUUAUCUCGACCUCACCUCACCCCCGCCCUCGCCCUCCGCGAAGGACGCCACCGCCGCGGCCGCACCUGCACCUGGACCCUUGUCGCGGCUUGCCUGACGAUACUCGGCCUGGUAUUACUCUUUCAACCUGCUGCUCUCAUUCUUUCACCUUUUCGCGUCAGGAUAGCAGGAAUACCACCGCCACCACCACCUCCGCCAGUGUACCAUGAAGAGUCGCCUCAAAUCAUCCACACUCGACCAGAAUCACUAGACUCGUUCUGUGCCGGCGCACGCGGCUUCCGGAUAGACGACCCGAACACAGAAGAUCUCCCUCACCUAACCUUCAACCUAUCCAAUGUCGACUAUCCCAAGCCGACGUAUGGAUCUUACGACGAACUCGGCCUGGAGAAGACGUGGAUGACCUUUUCCCAGCGGUGGUCACCAUACGGCUAUCGCGAAGAUGACAACUCCUACCCGCUCUCGAAAGUGGACUGGGGCUCCGUGAACUGGGGCCAGCUUCAAGACCAAUGCCUUGACUCCAACUCAGGCGCCUUCACCGCGCAGACCGGCGCACCUCCGCGCUUUCGCUUCUUCGGCGACGGCGACCUUAAAACCAACCGCAGUGAGUUGGGCACCACUGGACGGCAAGCCAUAGUCCUCCGCACAUGGUCCACCUACAAGUACACGCCGGAAGAUUUCUGGAACGUGCGCUCGAUCAUUACGGAGGCUUCUCUCGCCACCAAAGGACAGUACACGGUCUUCCUCCUCGUUGACUUCAAGCACGAUGAUGGCUCCUUCAUCCACGAGAACGACGAUCUCUACCGUGCGGCUCUCCGCGAAGCCGUGCCGAAGGAGUUUCGGGACAUCGCUGUGCUUUUCGACCAAAGCUUGCAGCGGUCUUGGUACGAGAAGGUUGGUGAACAUCGGCCUGUGUGGCAGAUCAUGCAGCCUUUGGAGUUGUUUGCAUACUUCUACCCGGAGUUUGACCAAUACUGGCAGCUGGAGAUGGAUGCGCGCUUCACAUCUCAUGCCGGCAAGAUGCUUCAGGCCUUUGACGCUUUCGGUGCCAAGGUGCCCUACAAGCAGUCGCGCGAGCGAGCCAGCUGGACAUACAUACCAUCAAUACAUGGUACUUACCAGGAGUUCUCGGAGAAGCUUAAUACGACACUGGAGGGCAGCGCGACGACCUGGGGCCCUCUCAACAUCUCAGACAUACCAAACCCACUCGGAUACCACCCCACGAUAAACGCGACGGACGACAAGUUCGAACUUGGUGUGGGAUCACCGGCGGAGCUGCUCCUUCUUUCGCCUUUAUUUGACGUCAGGCGAUUCAACAAAUACGAAGACUGGGUCUUCAAGGACUGGGCACGUGGCUUCAGCACGAACGUACCUCGCUUUUCCAGCGCCCCAGCACAGGCGAGGGCAUCGAGGACUCUGCUGCAUUCCAUCCACGAAUCGCAGCACACUAGAGGUCUUCGGGUCCCUUCAGAGGCCACUCUUCCGAGCUGGGCAAUGUGGCACGGUAUGAAGAUUGUCCAAUUGCCGAACCCCAACUUCCAGUGGCCCGUCCGCAGCAUCCGCGAACUGGACAUCGUCUACAACGGCGGCUCGCUGCAGAGGUUCAAAGAUGGCAUUGCCAACGGAGCGGCGCCAUACAUGAAGUCUGUGAUUGAGUUCUACGAACGACCGCGCACGUGGGAGUGGCAGUCGUCGCUCGUUGAUCCAGUCUUUAGACACUGGAUCGAAGGCGACAAGGAGCCGACCGUUCCUGAGGACGCAGAUUCAGACGUCGUGGAGCAAACAGUAGAAGACUCCACCGACGGCUUCACUUCCGGUGGCAUGGGUAGCGCAGGUAGCGCAUUACCUCAGCCGAAGGGAAGAGGCCUGAAGCCUGCUGCCCUGGGCUAUGUGCCAGAGGAGCUCCCGCCGUUCAUGGUAGAGGUUAACGGUCAGGUCUUCUGUCCGAACUUGAUCAUGCAUCCGCGGAAGACCAACCAGAACCCGCCUCCCAUGGCGCCUUCGUGA